AUGGCUUCGACCGGCCGCGCUGUGACUGUCGCGAUGGGCGCCGCAGGCGCCGCCGCUUUGUGCAGCACAGCCUUCGUGGCGCCCACGGCGCAGACGAGGAGCCUCCGGGCCACUAGGGCCGCAGAGGUUGCCUCAGUCCAGCCGGUUGGCAAAGCCACCAGCAGUGCCGCGGGCGUAAACUUCGGGGCCGCGUCCGCAGCCCUGGCACUUGGCGGCGCCGUGUCCCAACGCGUUGCUUUCAAAGGCUCCCCACAGCAGAGAGCGGUCGCUCUGAAGGCCUUCGAAAGCGAGCUCGGAGUGCAGGAUCCCGUGGGUUUCUGGGAUCCAGUCGGGUUCACCUCCGACGGAGACGUGGCAUCCUUCAAGAGGCGUCGCUCCGUCGAGCUGAAGCAUGGGCGAAUCUCGAUGAUGGCCGCGAUGGGCUACAUCACCCCGGAAGUCACCGGCAAGUUGCCUGGCUUCUUGUCGCCGUCCGCGGGCUUGAAGUUUGCAGACAUCCCGAACGGCCUUGCGGCUGUCUCCAAAGUGCCGGUUGCAGGCUGGGCGCAGAUUGCCGCGUACUUUGGCUUCGUGGAGUUCAGCGGUGGCUUCGAUGACUACAAGAGCGGCACCCCGGGAGACUACGGGUUCAAGGUGCUGACCUCAUCAGAUCCUGCUGAGAAGACAAAAAAACUGUCUGCCGAGCUUGCAAACGGCCGUCUCGCGAUGAUGGCGAUCAUCGGUAUGUUCUUCCAGGAUGGUCUCACCGGAAGCGCCUGGGGUGACUGGGCCAACUACACCGCCUCGCCUUUGCGCGCGUUCGAGAACGAGCUCGGUGUGCAGGACCCAGUGGGUUUCUGGGAUCCAGCAGGCUUCACCGCCGAUGGUAGCGUGGAGAACUUCAAGCGCCGCCGCCAGACCGAAUUGAAGCACGGACGCAUCUCCAUGCUUGCGACAAUGGGAUACAUCACCCCAGAGAUCACUGGCAAGUUCCCUGGCUACUUGUCACCAUCUGCUGGCCUGAAAUUCGCCGAUGUUCCAAACGGAUUGGCUGCGAUCUCCAAGGUGCCUGCCGCAGGAUGGGGACAGAUCCUCGCCUACAUGGCCUUCUGCGAGGUUUCCCAGGACCAGUCUCCCGGCACCCCGGCUGCAGCGGGCGACUUCGGCUUCAAGGUCUUGACCUCCAGCGACCCAGCUGAGAAGACCAAAAAGUUGUCGGCAGAGUUGGCCAACGGAAGGCUUGCGAUGAUGGCCAUCAUCGGCAUGUUCUUUCAGGAUGGUCUCACCGGAAGCGCCUGGGGUGACUGGGCCAACUACACCGCCUCGCCUUUGCGCGCGUUCGAGAACGAGCUCGGAGUGCAGGACCCAGUGGGUUUCUGGGAUCCAGCAGGCUUCACCGCCGAUGGUAGCGUGGAGAACUUCAAGCGCCGCCGCCAGACCGAAUUGAAGCACGGACGCAUCUCCAUGCUUGCGACAAUGGGAUACAUCACCCCAGAGAUCACUGGCAAGUUCCCUGGCUACUUGUCACCAUCUGCUGGCCUGAAAUUCGCCGAUGUUCCAAACGGAUUGGCUGCGAUCUCCAAGGUGCCUGCCGCGGGAUGGGGACAGAUCCUCGCCUACAUGGCCUUCUGCGAGGUUUCCCAGGACCAGUCUCCCGGCACCCCGGCUGCAGCGGGCGACUUCGGCUUCAAGGUCUUGACCUCCAGCGACCCAGCUGAGAAGACCAAAAAGUUGUCGGCAGAGUUGGCCAACGGAAGGCUUGCGAUGAUGGCCAUCAUCGGCAUGUUCUUUCAGGAUGGUCUCACCGGAAGUGCCUGGGGUGACUGGGCCAACUACACUGCUUCGCCGUUGCGCUAG